CUUCUUUGCGUCCCCUGCAGCUCCCGAAGGCCCCCAGCCAAGCCGACAGCCUCCCAUGAAGAAAAACCGGUAGGAAGCCUUAAAUUCCUCCUUCUUUCUUGUCCAAGAACAAGAUUUAGGAGCUUAGAAUUCUCCCCCCUGCAGAGAAUUUUCGGAUCUGCCUUGCUCUGCUCCUCACCGCCGGCUGCUCCUGCUUUGUGGGGGCGAAUUGCCUUGAUUUUCUGUUCCGUGAGCUUCCCCCUGCACUUCCCGCCGGCUCUUCCCCAACUGCAGCUCCGAUUUUGGCUUGUUAAAUUCCGCAUUAAGUUAUGUUUUAAGCUUGGUUUAGGUAGAGAAAUUAGCUUGAUUAGUUGCUGUGAUUUUUGGAGAGAAAAUCUCGUGAAUUAGCUAGUGUUUUGGCCAAUUUUGGAAGUGCAGUUACUGUUCACGAGCACUAUUCACAUAUUACUGUUCACACACCGAGGGUCAACAAUUAAUGGGAAUUUAAAUGAUUAGUUUGUGGUAUAAGAACGAAUUUGGAGAUAUCUGAUAAUGUGGAGACUGAUAAGAAUUAGCAUCGUGAUUAAGGGUAGUCCUAAUGAUGAUUUCAGUUUGAAUUUGUGGUAGUACGUGGUGGUGGGACUAAACCUAUUUUAUGCAAAAGUAAGUAUGAUUAAUUUGAAGUGAAAUUUUAUGCUUUUCAUUAAAUUGAGCAUGCCUACUUGAAAUUUAAUUGAUUGUCCUGAUGAUUUGAAAGUGAUUGGUGAAUUAUGAUUUUUCUGUUAACUUCUACCUGUUUUGUCUCCGAUGUGGUCAUGUUAUUAGUGACCCUGCUAGUGGGGAUUAAACGCUAGCACACGUCGACAUGUUUACUGAUAUGACCGGUAAAUUCUGACGCCUGCCGAUGGGCGAACACAUUGGUAAAUUUCUGGCGCCUACCAAUGGGUUGUUAUAACACUGGCCAUGACCUAUAGAGGAGACGUCUAUUUCGUUUCCGUACUUGUGCCUGUUUUUCGUGAUUAUACUUGUUGGCAUGCUAUAAGAAGCAAAACCGAGGACGGGGAACCCACGGGAAGUGACGAGUUAGAAGGCUAGCCAUUUCGAGAUUGAUAUAGAUUUUAGAUAUAAAUUAUGAUCUUGUAAGUUAGAUUGUAUUCGGAGAUUUUAUGAUAUCAGAGCAAUUAUAAAAUUUGAUCUUCAGA